AUGGCUGACCUUGCUGCCUGGGAUGGUUCCAGCUGUGACCCCAUCACUCGUAAGACCACUCUUACCUGCACUAUGGGUCCCUCUGAUUGGGAUGUCGGGACUUUGGUCAAGAUGAUCAAUCAAGGACUCAACAUCGCUAGGUUCCACUUAAUGACGCUUCAGGUUUGA